AUGAAAUCUAUAGAACUCAGCUGCAACAAGGAAGUGACCGAGAAGUUUUACUGGGACUUGACCAUGUUGCUGCUGAUGGUGGGAAACCUCAUAAUCAUCCCUGUUGGCAUCACAUUCUUCAAAGACGAGCACACACCUCCCUGGAUCGUGUUCAAUGUGGUCUCUGACACCUUUUUCCUCAUGGACCUGGUCCUCAACUUUAGGACGGGAAUCGUCAAGGAAGACAACACGGAGAUCAUCCUGGAUCCGCAACAGAUCAAGGUCAAGUACUUGCGAAGUUGGUUUGUGGUGGACUUCAUCUCCUCGAUCCCUGUGGACUACAUCUUCCUCAUCGUGGAGACACGGAUUGACUCAGAUUUCUACAAGACGGCACGAGCUUUGCGGAUUGUCCGCUUCACCAAGAUUCUCAGCUUGCUGCGACUCCUGCGUCUCUCUAGACUCAUUCGCUACAUCCAUCAAUGGGAAGAGAUUUUCCACAUGACUUAUGACCUUGCCAGCGCCAUGGUGAGGAUUGUCAACCUGAUCGGCAUGAUGCUGCUUCUCUGCCACUGGGAUGGCUGCCUGCAGUUCCUGGUACCCAUGUUGCAGGACUUUCCUGCCGACUGCUGGGUGUCCAAAAAUAAGAUGGUGAACGACACGUGGGGACAGCAGUACUCCUACGCACUUUUCAAAGCUAUGAGCCACAUGCUGUGUAUUGGAUAUGGCAUGUACCCCCCUGUUGGAAUGACAGACGUGUGGCUGACCAUCCUCAGCAUGAUCGUGGGCGCUACCUGCUACGCCAUGUUCGUGGGCCAUGCCACCGCGCUAAUCCAAUCCCUGGACUCUUCUCGACGGCAGUACCAGGAAAAG